AUGUGUCAAUAUACCAACACAGGUUACGAUCAUGUAAAGCCCGCCUUUGUUUCAAAACUUGAUUUAACAGUUGGUGUAUCAAUUUUAGUUUUACUUGAGGAUUAGAUUAAUGUUUCUAACAAUGAUUUUCAGACAUGUCGGGGAAUCAAAGGGAGACAGAAUCUGAAUGUCCUGACAGGGGAAGGGAGACAGAUGGUGAUGAAACUUUCACAAUGAACAACUUGGCAUCAUCAGAAGUAGCACAACCUGGUAAUGAGAAUGAUGUGGAUGUCGUUCGCCAAGGAACACAUGGUGAUGGGACAUUCUCCAUGGACAUGAUAGCAUCAUCAGAAGUAGCACAAACUGGUAAUGACAGUGAUGUUAGUGUCGUUCCCCAAGGAACACAAGGGAGACAUGGUGAUGGGACAUUCUCUAUGGACAUGGUAGCAUCAUCAGAAGCGGCUGAGCGUCAGGUCAGUCCGGGAAAUGGAGUCACGGUUGUUUAUGAGAGACAAGCAAUGUCUACUAGAAUCACUGCAGACAUGUCGAGGAAUCAGAGGGAGACAGAAUCUGAACGUCCUGACAGGGAAAGUGAGACAGAUGGUGAUGAAACUUUCACAAAGAACAACCUGGCAUCAUCAGAAGGAGCACAACCUGGUAAUGACAAUGAUGUUGAUGUCGUUCCCCAAGGAACACAAGGUGAGAGGACAUUCUCCAUGGACAUGGUAGCAUCAUCAGAAGUGGUUGAGCGUCAGGCUAGUGCGGGGAGUGGUUCCAUGGCUGUUUCUGAGAGACGAGAAAGGCAAGCGGUGUCUACUAAAAUCACUGCAGGGUCUGACUUCAAAGGCAUCAUAGUACAGGACUCUUCUGAUGUCAGCUUAUCUGUUGGAGGUCAGAAUGAUGGAAUAAUGAAGUCAGAUAUGCUGCAAAUGAACCUGAAGCGAGUCAAAGACGUCUGUGUGAAAACUGCUAACUAUAGGACAGUGAAGGGGCGCUUGGAGAAGUAUGGUCAUGUAACAAUAAGUGGUGCUUCUGGUGAAGGAAAAACGUCCAUUGCCUUGAUGAUAGGAGCAGAUCUCAGGAACCAGGGGUAUGAACUUGUGGUUGUUGAUGAUGUGGAUAAAUUCGAGCUGAGGAAUUGUGACCUGCGUGGAAAGAAAGUUUGUCUGAUACUGGACGAUAUAUUUGGAACAGUCGGCUUAUCAACUGACGUUCCCCACCUUAGGUCCAUUCUACAAAACCUCAAACAUUAUUUAGAAGAUGCUAAAUCUAGCAAGAAAAACCAACGGGAAACACAUCCAGGCGCUGAAUCAGCGAUUCGUGUUAUCUUCACCACCAAAUCUUACAACCUGGAAUGUGGAGUCGCAAAGCUGGAAGGCCAAGAAUAUUAUUUUUUCACAGGACCAUCGCUUCUCGAUUUGACAAAAAGUAAAUCAUGUCAAUACAGCCCCCAGGAAAGAAGGAAGAUACUCCAGAAACAACUAAAACACCAUAACAUCGACCUGGACCUCGAUAUUGAUGAGCUUUGUGACACAAGAGAAUCUUUGUUUGGUUUUCCCCUGAUAUGUACUCUGUUUUGUGAAUUUCUGAGUUUUCAGAAAGAACCUGCACAGUUUUUCCGAGAACCUCUAUUUUAUCUACGGCAAGAAAUUGACAUGAUCAUGGAACGUAGGAAUGACCAGUCUGCUGCGCUCAUCCUGAUGUUGGUGUGUGAAGAUCUUUUGAACUUGAGCCAGGUAGAAAUGGAAUCGAAAAAUCAUGUUUUAGAAGCUCAUCUGCAGGCCGUAAAAAGCGUGGUGCCAGUUACCUCACGGACUACAGUUGCCAAAGCUGUCAGAUCUUACAGGGGUACAUUUUUUACGGAUGGGGAUAUCCUUGGAUUUUCACAUCCCACCAUCUAUGACGCCUGUGCGUGUGCCCUAUUCAAAAUGAAUCCAUCCUUCGUUCUGAACCACUGCAGUAUCAGAUUCCUUUAUGAGCGUGUACAGGCCCAACAAGUCCAGACCACUGCAAUAGAUAAUCACCUCCACAUCAUCUACGUGUCAGAAGCUCACUAUGACAAAAUUGCCUCCAGACUCGCUGAUGCUGUUGCCGAAGGAAACUACAGUAUGUCUGUUACACACCCUAUUCUGAAAAACAAGCAAAUAGUGGACAAAGUCUUCCAGAUGCUUAAACUGAAGAAAACAAAUGCAUUAAAAAGACUGCUGAAUCCAAAAGGCACCCAGCGUCUUGCCAUGUUGCAUGCAAAGGAAGAAGAGAAGCACUUACUGUACUGGGCAGUUCAUGCACAUAGUCUGUACUUGGUUGAGAAAAUCCUCGAUGUUGGAUACCGUUUUUCAGACGAAGAGAUCAAGGAAGCCUUCCAGGCCUGUGCUUCCUGUGGGAACGAAGCAGUGUUGUUGUUGUUGUUAUCUUCCAAAUAUAAGUCACUGCUACAUCAAAGUGUGUUCAACAAAGCUCUAGUGACUGCCACAGACAAUAAUUACAAAGGCGUUGCAUUAGCUUUACUUAACAUUGGAGCUGAUGUCUUUGAAUCCAAAAAUGAUGUUGGAGAAAAUGUCUUUCAAACUGCAAGGAUGAAGGGGUUCAGUCUAGUUGGAGGGGCAAUAUUUGGAUUCAUUACCAAAGGGCUAAGUAUCAAACCUCUGACUGGAGACUUCGACUUUGAGAGAGCAGCCUAUUUAGCCUUGUGUUACAGCUCUUGUAGAGGUGGUAACAUGUUGAUUAUUGAAGAUGUCAUUGGUGAUUUUGACAUUGACACAAGAGGUUUGUACGGUCGCACACCGCUUCUGGAGGCAGCUAGAGGUGAUCAAAUUCCCGUAGUUGACUUCCUUAAGAACCGAAACGCUGACGUGAAGAAGGUGGACAAUAUGGAGAAUAGUCUGCUACACGUUGCUUGUAUGGGUGGACAUCUUGGUAUGGUGAAACAUGUGUGUCCAUGGUUUAAUAUUGAUGACAGAGAUGUAUAUGGGUGGACACCUGCAAUGGUAGCAGCUGUCUUUGGAAAGUCUGAAGUGUUUGACUACCUCAGACUACAAGGUGCAGAUCUGACACUGGUUGAUAAGACUGGAGAUAAUUUGUUCACUCUCGCCCUUCAGGGAGGAUGUAGACAAAUCAUAGAACGAUUAUCACCUGGUGGACAAUAUGUGAAGAAGCAGAAUCCCUGGACUACACUGAUGAGAUCCGUAGUGACAGGAUCUUUUAAAAUGUUGACAGUUUGCCAUGACAACAGUCCUGAGCUUGUUAAGACAGACCAGUUUGGAGACAGUCUGCUUCAUCUGGCUUGUCGUGGAGGCAACAGGAAAUGUGCAGAGUAUCUGCUCCCGUCCUAUGACAUCAAUGUCCGAGGUCGGUAUAACUGGACACCGGUGAUGAUGGCGGCUGUGUGUGGACAUGAGGAUGUCUUCCAGCUGUUGGUGGACCACAAUGCAGAUCUUGCCUUGCUCUCAGAUACAAGUGAAUGCAUCCUUACUCUGGCUCAGAGAGGACAGAGUAAUGCAAUUGUGGAAUGUCUGAGGAAUAUGUCAGGAAAUUAA